UGUCAGUGUAACAAAUCGGCGGUGUUUCCGCUGUGGGAGAAGUCGACUCGAUACAAUGCGAGCGUGAAUUAGGAGGAGGUUGAGGGAGAGGCAGCGGUGCACAAGCAACGCCAUGGACAAUCAGUGCACCGUGCAGGUAAAACUGGAACUAGGCCAUCGAGCCCAGCUUCGGAAAAAGCCGACUAAUGAAGGAUUCACCCAUGACUGGAUGGUGUUUGUUAGAGGACCAGAGCAGAGCGAUAUUCAGCACUUUGUGGAAAAGGUGGUUUUCCGGUUGCACGAGAGUUUUCCGAAACCUAAACGGGAUCCAGCAGGGGCAGUAUGGUAGCGUAGUGGUUGGCACAGCACUUGUGCCAGUGAUGCGGGUGCAGUUCCUGCCGAUGCCUAUGAGGAGUUUGUACGUUCGCCCCGUGGCUGUGUGGGUUUCCUCCAGGUGCUCUGGUUUCUCCCCACACUCCAAAGACGUAACAGUUGUUUGUAAAGAGCCACCUUACAAAGUGGAGGAGUCUGGAUACGCUGGAUUUAUUUUGCCAAUCGAUGUAUAUUUCAAGAACAAGGAAGAACCGAAGAAAGUCUGUUUUACAUAUGAUUUAUUCCUAAACCUGGAAGGGAACCCACCCGUGAACCAUCUACGCUGUGAGAAACUCACUUUUAACAACCCAACCAAGGAAUUUCGACGCAAGCUUGUAAGGGCAGGAGGAGUUAUGGUGAUGCCUGAGGGAACUGACAUAAUCUUUAAACCAAGCCCAGACUACCCGAUGUUACCCACAAUUCCACUGUCUGCAUUCUCAGAUCCAAAGAAAAGCAAACCAUCUCAUGGCUCAAAGGACACAAAUAGAGAGAGCAGCAAAUCGUCAAAGCCUCACAAGGUCACAAAAGAGCACAAGGAACGGUCUACAAAAGACUCUGAAAGCAAGACGACUGUGAAGGAACCUGAGAAGGAUCACAGUAAAUCGUCCAAGGAGCUAUCGCGGAAAUCGGCAGAAAGCAAGAUUUCAAAGGAAGAGAAAGCUACUCCAAAGGCAACUUCUAAAGAACCAAAACCAGCCUUCAAGGAAUCUAAACUGGACAGCAUGUCACCCAAAGGCAGUGCGAACCUACAUCAAGAGUCAAAGCCAAGUAUUAAGAGACCCUCCAAUGUAGAUUCAAUGAAACUCAAUGUUAAAAAGCAAAAGAAAAAUACUUCAGAGACACCAAAAACUUUCCCCAGCGUCUCGCCGAGAAUUUCUUCUUCUUCUUACUCUGAAAAAAAGCAGUUGAAGGAAAAAGAGAAAGAAAAAGUGAACAUUAAAGUAGAGAAAGUUAAAUCUGAAAGUAGUGUGAAAGAAGUGAAAAAGCCCUUGGAUUCAGAUGAGUGUAAUUCAGAAGAUGAAGUGAUCUCCAAAUCUGAGUCUGUGCGCACUAGCCAGUCGAACACGACAUCAAGUUCAGACUCAAGUUCCGAAUCCGAUUAUCCACCUUCCCAAAACCACAGACAAGGGCCUCUGCGAUCCAUGGUGGAGGAAAUCCAGUCCGAAGGCACCGACGACGACAGCAGCUCCGAGGAGGAAAGGCCGUUAAAAAACAUGCCAGUCAGCAGAGAUCACAGGUUGAGCUUAAGUGAUGACAGUGGCAGUGAAAGCAGUGAGAAUUCCAAUGUCAAUGCCCCGGACCAGCCUUCAGUUCAAAAGCACAUAGCUGCCAGCAACAAGACAUCUGGCAGAAAAAGUCCUGAAAACUGUGAAAAACCGGACAAAUUAUUUAAAAAAGGAUUGCAAGACAAGUCGUACACAGAGGAACUGGUGGAACUUCACCGCAGGUUGAUGGCACUACGAGAACGCAACGUGUUGCAGCAGAUUGUAAACCUUAUUGAAGAAACAGGACAUUUCAAUGUUACAAACACAACUUUUGAUUUUGACCUUUUCUCAUUGGAUGAAAGCACCGUCCGCAAGCUGCAGAGUUACUUGGGGGCACCAGCAACAUGACAUGGGCUUUCAGAGCAGACUGUAGUACAUUGAAAUUUCAAUUAAGACAUUGGACUGCAAUCCCUCUAUGAUGGAAAGCACAGCCUCUGAGAUGAGAAAUGGCACUCGUACCGGAUAUUGAACACUUACCAUCUCAAACCUGUGGAGAUCAACUUAAAAUCUUCACUGCAUGGGAUUAGGAAAGUCAUUGUCAAAGCUUAAAAUUUAUUGCCAUUUAUCAGUUCCCAGAAACAUAACCAUUCUACUAGGUCAGAGGCAGAGUGAAUGGAAGGCCAGACUUUUCUCUUCCACGAAAUGUUUACCUUUUCAAACUAUCAGAAGAACACAGAAAUGUUUUUUUUUAAAGGAUCAUCCAAAUGGACACUUGUUUUAGUCUAGUAAACUUGUGUGAAAUUUUACCUGAAGACUUAUAGAAGUAAUGUAUAUAUCUGGAAAAGAACAAAUGAGCUUGCAUCUCUGAUGUGAACCGGAGAAUUCUGUGGUUUCUAAUAAAACGCCAAACAGUUUUACUGUGGAAAUAAAACUCCAUGAAACGCCCAGCAGAUUGCCGAACUCAGUGUGGUCUCAGGUCUCCGAACACCAUACCACUGCAUUGUAUAUUGUCUAAAGAAUAUAUAUUUUUGAACCCUUUGAGUAUUGACUAUCCUUUCCCACUUUCAAAUACGCAGUUUUUUAAAUCUACGUUAAUUUUGUACAGAUCAUUCACCCGAUGUGUCUUUUAUUCACUAUUGUAAGAGGAAAACAAAAAGUGAUUGUUUUCAUAAAAGGACGUUCAAACUGCCAUCUGUAAAAGUGAUCCCCUUGGCUUCAGCUAAACCAUUAGUUUUCUCUGUAGUCCCCUGUCACAUUCCCUUUGCUAUUGCUUUUUUGUCUGGUCAACAACAGCCUUUUACAAUUCAUUUUCAGUAUUGCUGAACUUUCCAUUAAAGAACAAAUAAAUAUGAAUUCUGAUCUCUGCUGGCCAUCCAAACCCAUGCAUAUCUACUGGGGUAUUUAAUCCCACUUAACUUUACAAUUUAUUAGACGUUAAUCUCGGACUAUAGUAAUCCAAUUUUAUAUCCUCAUUUUUAAAUGUGUUUCCUUGGUAAGAGUCCAGUCCAUUAACAACCUCCACGUGCAAGGAUGGUUGUGCAAAUUGUGACCAGAUCUUCGUCAGGCCAGAAUAUGUCAUUUUAAAACAGCAAGCUGAAUUCACCUCUAGUUCCUGUGAUUAAGUUGUCUUUUUGAAAUGGAGGCAUUGGGUGGAUUAAUGGCCUUGUUAAUCCUACUGUAGUUGUUUAUCGUCGUGGCAUACAUGGACAGUACAGUGACACAUUAGGUCAACACUAUUGUCUUGCAAUUCCAGUAACCUGGAUUCAAUCCUGGCCUCUGGUGCUCACUGUGUUCUUCCUGCCACUAUAUGGGUUUCCUCUCGCAUCCCAGAGAUGUUAAUUGGCUGUGUAAAUCACACCAAGUGCAGAAGGAGAAUCAGGGCAGAGUUGGUGGCCGUUUGAGAGCGAAUAGGUGAGAGGUAACAAGUGGGGCAACGUGGCAGAUGAGAAUCUCAAAGGGCUCCAAUGGACCAAAUGGUCUGCUUCCAUGUUGUAAGAAAAUGUGACUGAAUCCUUUUGCACAUAUGUUAGCAAAGAACGCGAUGAGCCAUUAGGAGGUUAGAGCCAUGACUGUGGUAAUUAAACUCUGUUUCAUAGAGGAUGGUGGAGAGGUUUGGUGAAGUUUUGGAGUGUCAGACUUUAGUGGCCAAUGGAGGAGUAAGUAAGUAUAAGAAUGUGCAAGAGGCUAAAGUUGGAGAAGCCCAGUUGUGUUGGUAAGUUGCAGGACAGGAGGUCAGGGAUCGUAUGAGAGAUCUGAGAGGGAUUUGAACAAAAGAUGAUGCGAGUUUUAAAAGUUAUGUGUUGCUUAUCUGGGGAUGUUCAUUAACAAGGCAAGAGCAGAAAUCACAGCUUGUUGGAUGGACUCCGAUUUUCAGACGAAGGGAAAUGGAAAGCUGGCUUGGAGGAUGGUGUACUGGUCAACUCUGAAUAUAACCAAUCGUGGUUGCGGCUGUUGUCAGUAGACAAAACGUAAAGCCAGAAUCAGUGUUAUGGAGAUCGAGAGUACAUGUGUGGUGAUGGUAGAAAGAUGUUAGACCACAAGACGAAAGAACAUUUGACCAUUUGGCCCAUUGAGCCUGCUCCCCCAUUUGAUCAUGGGUGAUCUAUUAUCCUUCUCAAUCCAGUUUCCCUGCCUUCUUCCUGUAACCUUUGAUGCCCUUACUAAUCAAGAACCUGUCAACCUUUAGUAUGUUAGGACAGCAUAGUGGUUAUCAUAAUGCUUUUGUAGUACCAGCGACCCGGGUUCAAUUCCCGCCCUUGCCUGUAGGGAGUUUGUACGUUCUCCCCGUGACCGUGGUGGGUUUCCCCUGGGUGCUCGGUUUCCUCCCACAGUUCAAAGACCUACCAGUUGGUAGGUUAAUUGGUCAUUGUAAGUAGUCCUAUGAUUUGGCUAGAAUUAAACUGGGGGAUUGCUGGGUAGCAUGGCACAAAAUAUAAAAAUAAGUUAAAUAUACCCUUUAGGCAGCAUCAGCAAAAGGCGGGGGGGGGGUGCGUGGGAGGAUGGUUGGAGGAGGAACUGUAGAUCAGGAAGAGAGGGAGAGCAGCUGGAGGAUUCAAUGUCCAUGUUAUUGGGUUGUAACACCUCUGAGGAGUAUGAGGUAUAGUGCCCCCCCACUUGCAUUCAUCCUCAGCAGGGAAUUGAGGAAGCCAAGGACAAGAUGGGUUAUUGUGGGAAAGGGGCGGGGAGUUAAAUUGGCAACUGGGAACUCUUAGAGAAGUAUUCCCCAGCCUGAGCCCAAUCCUAACGGAAAGUUCGGCUCAGCUAAAUACAUUACCAAUGGAAGUGGAUACCCCAAGGCAGAAAAUUUAUAGCAGGAGUUCAGAUGGCUUUGAUCUUUCCCAUGUUUGAUAUAGGAGGCAUAUGGAAACUAGAGAAAUAGGAGCCCAAGGCCAAAUUAUAAUGUCUGAGUGAGGUUGCAGAACUCUGUGACUGCCACUGGAUGCAUAGGUGUUAAACCAGGGGGAGAGCUGAGGGCAGCGGGGCGAUGUGGGUACGAACAGAGGGGACUGUAGACAGGUGCAGGAGGGGUAGGCAGAAUAGAUUCUCACUCAGAUGGGAUUCUGGUGCAUGUUAGUGAAAAGUUAGUCUGCAGAAAAGAUGCUGCAUGUGACAUCAGAUGCUGGUUUGAGGGGAGAGGGCAAGGAAAAGGGGAGGGGGGGAAUCACGGGCUCCAUGAGAAAGGUAAAUUUUUCCACUUACAGACGGGCCUUCCAGUUCGGAUUUGCAGGAUGUUGUCCUGGGAGGGAUGAAGGAUAGAUUGUCAGUUUAACGUGGUCUGGUUUCCACGUGAGUGAAACUCAAGAUUGGAGAAUCGGUGUGACUCACAAUAGGAAGAGCUGUUCAAAUUAUACAACUGGUGCAAUUUGAUCAAAGUCCGUCCAGGUUUAUGGAGUCGUUGAGAGGCACAGCAGGGAAACAGGCCAUUCAGUCCAUUGAGUCUGUUCUUGCCAUUAACCAUGUAAUUUUCUCCUCUGCACUUUCCUAUCAUCUCUCCUAGAUUCUACCACUUCCCUGCACGAGGGGCAAUUUACAGCAGUCAAUUCACCUCUUAUUCGGCACAUUUGUGGGACACAGCAGGAAACUGGAGCACCUGGAAGAAUCAGGCAGCCACAGCGAGCACCUGAGGUCAGGUUUGAACCCGGCCCUGUGCCACGGUGUGCCCCAUGGUCCUGUGGAGAGAAAACAGCACCAUAAAAUCUAAUUUUUAAAAAAGCUGUAGAUCAAUGUAGAAGGGGUGAUUGAUAAGUUCGUGGCCUAAGGUACAAGGAGUCAAUUUUAGA